AGUUUUUGUUUUUCUGGGUCUUCUUGUUCUUUUCAAAAGUGUUACUAAAACACGUUUUUUGUUACUAUAAAUCAUUGUUUUUUUUCGCUUGUUUCUUCUUGUGUUUGUGUUUUUUUCCUUCUUCUUCUUGUUCUUGAAAACUCUCUCAGUUUCUUGUGAUGUGGAGAGAUCCAGGAGUUUCAGCUGAUUCUUUCUAUGAAACCAGACCAGAUUGCAGUAAUGAUGUUCCCAUCUCAAGAUUCAAGAUCAAGGCUGGUAAAACACUAAGUCCAAGAAAAUGGCAUGAUGCAUUUACUCAAGAAGGGUAUCUGGAUAUAGGCAAGACUCUGAGACGAAUCUACCGAGGGGGAGUCCAUCCAUCAAUUAGGGGAGAAGUUUGGGAAUUUUUACUUGGUUGCUAUGACCCAAAAAGUACAUUUGACGAAAGAGAUCAAAUAAGAGAACGCCGAAGGAUACAAUAUGCUACAUGGAAAAAAGAAUGUCGCCAAUUGUUUCCUCUUGUUGGAAGUGGUCGAUUUAUCACAUCCCCUGUAAUUACUGAUGAUGGCCAGCCAAUUCAAGACCCCAUGAUUAUGCCAGAAGGAAAUCAAGCCAAGGGAUUGGCUGUACUUCUUCAAGAUAAUAAUAGGCCUUCAAGUAUAGAUUCUGUAAAUAAUUUAGAAAAUGUGACAGACAAGAAACUAAUCCAGUGGAUGUUAACUCUCCAUCAAAUAGGUCUUGACGUGGUUCGCACUGAUAGAACAUUGGUUUUUUAUGAGAAACAAGAAAACUUGUCAAAAUUAUGGGAUAUUCUUGCGGUUUAUGCUUGGAUAGAUAAAGAAGUUGGAUACGGUCAAGGAAUGAGUGACCUAUGCUCCCCAAUGAUAAUUCUUCUUGAUGAUGAAGCAGACGCAUUUUGGUGCUUUGAGCGUCUGAUGCGCAGACUUCGAGGAAAUUUCAGAUGUACUGGUCGCACUCUUGGGGUGGAGGCUCAACUAAGUAAUUUGGCUUCAAUUACUCAAGUAAUUGAUCCAAAACUUCAUAAACAUAUAGAACAUAUUGGUGGAGGUGACUAUGUAUUUGCUUUUCGGAUGCUUAUGGUUCUGUUUCGUCGAGAAUUUUCCUUUUGUGAUUCAUUGUACCUAUGGGAGAUGAUGUGGGCUCUAGAGUAUGAUCCUUAUUUGUUCUUGAUGUAUGAAGAAGCUCAAUCAGCUUCUGUAAAAGCUGAGGGUGUCAAAGGAAAAGCAAAGUCAAUACGACAAUGUGGAAAAUACGAGAGACAAAAUAUGAGAAAUGGAGCAAAGAAUGCUGAAUCUCCUCUUCCUAUAUCUGUUUUCCUUGUUGCUGGUGUGUUGAAAGAUAAAAGUACAAAACUACUCCAUGAAGCGCGAGGUUUGGAUGAUGUUGUCAAGAUAUUGAAUGACACAACAGGAAAUCUAGAUGCCAAAAAGGCUUGCAACGAAGCUAUGAAGCUUCACAAAAAAUAUUUGAGAAAGGCCAAGAAAGCCUAGCACCAAACAUAUCCAUUGAUUUUUUUCUUCCAUUUGGGAUGAUUAAAUGAUGGGAUGCUUCUUGCAUGCUGUCAAUGUUAUACCUUAUAGGAGACAAUAAUGAAGUCAAUCAAAUUUAGAGUGUGGUUUGCAGAAUUGAUUAAAGGAUCCAAGUUUCCAACCAUUAAAUUCCCUGAGGGAACUGUUGUAUGUUAAAUUAAUUUUAUUUUAUACUUUUUCUUGUGUAUCCAUCCAAAAGAGCAAGUAAAAUUGUGUAUGAAAAUAGAAUGUUGUACAAUACAAUCAUUGUAAUUUGUAACAUAUUUGUAUUUGUAAUACAAAAGAAGAAAGACAGGAAAUUGCGAUCCAUUUCAUGUCAUUGAGUGGCCAAUUGAAUAAA